AUGGUGUCUGCUUCCAAGGCUGCCCGUUUGGCAAAGCGUGCCGCUGAUGGCGACACCAAGAAGAAGCUUGGUAAGGGCAAGAAGGACGCCGUUGCCAACGGCGGUGAUGAGUCCCCCCAGGUCGACGCCGACGGAAACCCUCUGCCUGUCGAGGACCAGCCCGCCACUACCGAUGAGAAGAUGAAGGAGGUUGAGAAGCUUACGACGCAGAUGGACAAGCACGGUCUCUCAGACCGUGUCACCACCGGUGUGCUCUCCUCCAUGGAGGCCUCCCGCGACGUCAAGAUCACCUCCGCCUCCCUGGUGUUCCACGGUAAGGUCUUGAUCACCGACUCUACCCUCGAACUGAACUUCGGCCGCCGUUACGGUCUCCUCGGUGAGAACGGUUGCGGAAAGUCCACCCUCCUCAAGUCCAUCGCCUCCCGCGAGUUCCCCAUCCCGGAGCACAUCGAUAUCUACCUUCUGAACGAGGGUGCUCCCCCCAGUGACCUCGGUGCUCUGGAGUGGGUUGUCACCGAGGCCCAGAAGCAACUGGACCGCAUGGAGAAGGAGGCUGAGGAUAUCCUGGAGCGUGAUGGCCCGGAUAGCCCCAUUCUCGAGGAUCUGUACGACCGUAUGGACAAGAUGGAUCCCUCCACUUUCCACACUCGUGCCUCCCUGAUCCUGACGGGUCUCGGUUUCAACAAGACGACCAUUCACAAGAAGACGAAGGACAUGUCCGGUGGUUGGCGUAUGCGUGUCGCCCUGGGCAAAGCUCUGUUCGUCAAGCCGUCCCUGCUGCUGCUGGAUGACCCCACCGCUCACUUGGAUCUGGAAGCUUGCGUGUGGUUGGAAGAAUACCUGAAGAAGUGGGAGCGUACUCUUGUCCUGGUCUCCCACUCUAUGGACUUCCUGAAUGGUGUCUGCACCAACAUGAUCGACAUGCGUAUGAAGCAGCUCAUGUACUAUGGUGGUAACUACGACUCCUACCACAAGACCCGCUCCGAACAGGAGACGAACCAGAUGAAGGCGUACAACAAGCAGCAAGAAGAAAUUGCCCACAUCAAGAAGUUCAUCGCCUCCGCCGGUACCUACGCCAACUUGGUCCGUCAGGCCAAGUCUCGUCAGAAGAUCCUCGACAAGAUGGAAGCCGAUGGUUUCAUCCAGCCCGUCAUCCCCGACCGGGUUUUCAGCUUCCGCUUUGCCGACGUCGAGAAGCUGCCUCCCCCCGUCCUGUCCUUCGACGAUGUCUCGUUCUCCUAUUCCGGAAAGUGGGAGGAUACCCUCUACGAACAUCUCGACCUUGGUGUUGACAUGGACUCCCGUACUGCCCUGGUCGGCCCUAACGGUGUCGGCAAGUCUACUCUGCUGCGCCUGAUGACUGGCAAGCUCCAGCCCAUUGGCGGUCGUGUUAGCCGUCACACUCACUUGAAGCUCGGCAUGUACAGUCAGCACUCCGCCGAGCAGCUCGACCUGACCAAGUCGGCUCUCGAGUUCGUCCGUGAUAAGUUCCCGGAGAAGAGCCAGGACUACCAGUACUGGCGUCAGCAGCUGGGCCGCUAUGGUCUCAGCGGUGAGUCUCAGACCGCCCUGAUGGGCACUCUGUCUGAGGGUCAGAAGAGUCGUAUCGUCUUCGCCCUCCUGGCCAUCGAGGGCCCCAACAUGAUCCUUCUGGACGAGCCCACCAACGGUCUCGAUAUCCCCACCAUCGACAGUUUGGCUGAUGCCAUCAACGCCUUCAGCGGCGGUGUUGUGGUCGUGUCCCACGAUUUCCGUCUCCUUGACAAGAUCGCCAAGGACAUUCUGGUGUGCGAGCACAAGACCAUCCACCGGUGGGACGGCACCAUCGGCGACUACAAGAACCAUCUCAGGAAGAAGAUGGUUUCCGAGGGUGCUGUCUAA